CAUCUCCAUAACGUUUGGAAACCAUCUUCUCUCCUUUUCACCCACCACCGCUCUUUACUGUUGCAACAUCGCAUCUGGGUCCACAUUCUAAGGCACGCUUUUCGCUACUUUAUUUUCUCACUAAUUCCGCAUCCCGGUCAAACAGUCUCGCGAGUAUCGUCUGGUGUAUUUCUCCUUCGUUUAAAUAUCACCGUGAUUCCUCUUCUACGUGAUCGUUGUUUUCUUGCUCUGUACCGCUGGGUCUCUCAAGUUAGUCUUCAAUCCGUUCCUUACAUCCACUCCUUCUUAGUGUCGCCUUGAACGUCCUUUCCUUACAUUCAUAAUGAGAUUUUUUACCUUCGCUCUUUUCUCGCUCUUGAGCGUGGUCUUUGCCGACAUUGUCUACGUCACUCAGACUCACAUAGUCACCGUUCUCGACGGUGUUACCACUAUUUUUAUCAAUGGCCAGACCCCAGCCGCAACUACCUCGUCUGUUUCCACAAAGGCCCAGGCCAGAGUCAUCGUCACAACCGUUGUUGACGGUAACGAUGCUACUACUGCUCCAGCUCCUGCACCUGCACCAACCACUUCGGCUACUGCUGCUGCAGCUCCUGCUCCAGCUCCUUCUCCAGCAUCCUCCGCAGCUCCAGCCAACGACUUUGGCAGUGCUGACAAGGAUUUCGCCCAGUCAAUCUUGGAUGCCCAUAACCAGAAGAGAGCCGACCAUGGUGUCAGUGCCUUGACCUGGAGUGACGACCUCUAUCAGUAUGCUCAGAACUAUGCCAACGGCUACCUGUGUUCUGGUAGCUUGGUCCACUCCGGUGGUAAGUACGGUGAAAACUUGGCUGUCGGAUACCUGAGCGGUGUCACUGCCUUUGAUGCCUGGUACGUGGAAGGUGACGACUACAACUACAACGCCGCCACUCAAUGGGACCACUUUACCCAAGUUGUCUGGAAGGGUACUACCCAGCUUGGUUGUGCCUACAAGGACUGCUCGGCUGAAAACUGGGGCAAGUACGUUAUCUGCUCCUACAACCCUCCUGGAAAUGUUAUCGGUCAAAUCAAGGAAAAUGUUCUUCCUUUGGUUUAAAUUCAUUGGUAGUGGUGGCUUGCUCUUAUGUAUCAUGCCGCAUCUUUUUACUCCUUUUUUUUUGAAAAGUAGGUCAAAAUUUACAAGUACUUUUCAUUCCUUUAGUUCUUGACGGUUUUUUUCCUAAAAAAAGUUGUUUUCUGUUUUUGGAGCAAAGACAAUUGGUUUUCUUUCUACUAUAUAUUAUGGCACUUUCAUACUAAAAAAAUUCAUUAUUUACAUUCG